UCUUCUCUCUGUGUCUCUAAAACCCCAAAGAACACGGAGUUGGCGGCGACCUUUUCUUCACUUCAACCUUUUCUCUCUCAAUUGGAUCAUAUUCAUGGCUGCUCUUGCUCCGUCUUCUGACAGUAAAGCUGCAGAUUUGCUGCAGAAUUUGUCCCUGGAUUCGGAGCCCAAGAACGUUGGAGUUCCUGAGCCUGCAAAGAAGAACGGACCUGUUUUUUCCAAUGGUACAGCUAAGGGGAUGGCCAAGCCAUUCAAUCCAAAUCCAAGCUUCAUUCAAAAUGGAUACCCUUCUACUACAUACUAUUAUGGAGGUUAUGAUGGUGGACAAGGUGAUUGGAAUAUUUAUUCCAGAUAUAUGAACCUUGAUGGAGGGAUGGCUCAAGGUGUUUAUGGGGAUAACUGCUCUUAUAUGUACCAUCAAGGUUAUGGUUAUACACCAUAUGGAGCUUAUGCACCACCAAAUUCCUCCUCUCCAAUCAUUCAACAUGAUGGUCAGCUCUAUGGGAUGCAACAGUACCAGUACCCUUGUUCUUAUUAUAAAUCUCCAGCUUCUGCUGAUGCGGCAUUUGCUCCAAACAAAAUCUGUGUUCCACAAGGGGGAAUUUCAACUGCAAUUAAUGCUGAUAAUGCCCCUCCAUCAAAUGUUAUGAAUAAAGGAAACACAUUUAGCAUGGCCAAUGGUGAUUAUACAAAUAAAAAUGGAUUAAAUGCAUUUUUAACUAGUUCCCAACACACAUCUUUGCAUGCAAAUGAUUCUUAUCAAGGGUCUAGCUUGCCAGUGGCUGUUCCUUUGUCAGGAUAUCAGGGUCCAAGAAUGAGUACUCAUGGUACACAGUCGGCAUUUCCUUCAGAUGUGUCAUCAAUUUCUGAUAGGCAGUCCAAACAUGCAGCAAAGGUUGGAUUAUCUUCACCAGUGCCUGUGAAAGAUUUCACAUCUCAAAGGAACCAAAGACUUCCUCAGCCACUUCCACAAUUCACAAACUUGCCUGGUUCAAGCCAUCCAUCUGGUCUGGAACUGGUUUCUGGAUUCAUGAACAGGAUGUAUCCAAGCAACAGGAUGAACAACCAAUAUGGAAACACAUUUCGAGGUAGUUCUCGUUUUGGAUCUGCUGCAUAUGGAUCUAGAACAGCCUAUGUGGAUAACAAGUUUAAGGCUACGGGUGAUGACUGUGGUGCUAACCAUUUAAGAAGAAAUAUGGAUGGUUUCAGUGAGCUAAAUAAGGGACCCAGAGCUGCCAAGAGUUCUGAUAACAGAAACAUCAAAAGUCUUGGACCUGUCACAUUAUUACUCAAAGGACAGAACCUUCCAGUGAAAAGUGAUAACAUAGAAGUGCCUCUGAUUCCCAAUAAGGAACAGUACAAUGGGGAAGACUUUUCUGAGAAUUAUUCUGAUGCAAAAUUUUUUGUCAUCAAAUCCUAUAGUGAGGAUGAUAUUCAUAAAAGCAUAAAAUAUAGUGUUUGGGCAAGCACCCCUAAUGGAAACAAAAAACUGGAUGCGGCAUAUCAGGAAGCCAAGGAGAAGCCCGGUGGCUGUCCCAUGUUUUUGUUAUUUUCGGUCAACACUAGUGGGCAAUUUGUUGGUUUAGCAGAGAUGGUUGGUCCUGUUGAUUUUGGUAAGACUGUGGAAUAUUGGCAGCAGGACAGGUGGACUGGUUGCUUUUCUGUGAAGUGGCAUGUCAUAAAGGAUAUCCCAAAUAGUGUGUUGAGGCACAUAACACUAGAAAACAAUGAAAACAAACCUGUAACAAAUAGUAGGGAUACUCAGGAGGUUAAGUUUGAGAAGGGUAUUCAAGUUGUCAAAAUUUUCAAGGAGCAUUCAAGCAAAACAUGCAUCUUGGAUGAUUUUGGGUUUUAUGAGGCUCGUGAAAAGGGGUCUCAGGAAAAAAAAUCUAAGGAACAGCAAUUCCCAAAACAGGUCAGCAAGCCCAGUGAUUUAACAAUUGGGACAGUUAUAUUACCCAAGUCUCUUGAUGCAACCAUGAUUAAUGAAUCAGGUACUGUAGAAGCAGCUGAAAUAAGGGUGAAUGCGGAGGAGCUGUUAGAAGUGAAUGGAUCGACCGCAGCACUUGAAGACUCUUCCAAGAGCUGUUAAACCAGUUGUUUUGCUUUGUUUUUGUUUUCCGCCCUAUUCCUUUAGUCAUGGAGUGAGUUGUGUUUUGAGUUUCAAAUUAUCCCUACUUAUUGGAGAUCUUGGUAUGUAGUGGAGUAUAUCAUUUUAGCUUUUUCUUGUCUCGUUUAAUAAAAUGUGACUGCUUUAGUCAUCAA